UUUGAAGCUUUCAACCGUAGAGAGAUUCUAUGUCCAAUAUCUGAUGAUAGUUUGCGUAUAUAGAGAGAGAAACCAGAGAGAGAGAGAGAGAGAGACAAACAAACAAUGAUGGACAACAUUCCCCACUGAUCUUUAUCUCCAUCCGCAAAUAAAAAAAAACACUUUCAUAUCCGCAUCUUGGAAAAUCUUGGCCCCGACAGGAAUUCGGCUUUCAAAAUCAUAAGAAUUAGAUUAGGAUUUUUGAAUUGGGAAGAACAGAUGAGUAUGAUGACAAUGGAGGGUGUCAUGGACACAGGGGUAUUGGAUGAUAUCAUAAGGAGGCUAUUGGAAGGCAAGGGAGGGAAACAGGUUCAGCUCUCCGAGGCUGAGAUCAGGCAGCUUUGCGUCAACGCUCGCCAAAUCUUUCUUUCUGAGCCUGCUCUCCUUCAGAUACGUGCCCCCGUCAGGAUCUGCGGUGACAUACAUGGCCAAUACCAAGACCUGUUAAGGCUCUUUGAAUAUGGUGGGUAUCCUCCUUCUGCAAACUAUCUUUUUCUUGGGGACUAUGUUGAUCGAGGCAAGCAGAGUUUGGAGACAAUAUGUUUGCUUCUGGCUUAUAAAAUACGAUAUCCUGACAGAAUGUUCCUUCUUAGAGGGAACCACGAGGAUGCAAAAAUCAACAGGAUUUAUGGAUUUUAUGAUGAAUGCAAAAGGAGAUUCAAUGUCCGGCUUUGGAAGAUAUUUACAGACUGCUUUAAUUGUUUGCCUGUUACUGCACUUAUAGAUGAAAAGAUCCUUUGCAUGCAUGGAGGGCUUUCCCCAGAGCUAAAUAGUUUGGACCAAAUAACAGAAAUUCAACGGCCCACAGACAUUCCAGAUAGUGGUUUGCUAUGUGAUUUGCUUUGGUCUGAUCCUGAUCCUAGAAUAAAGGGUUGGUCAGAGAGUGAUCGAGGUGUUUCGUGCACUUUUGGGGCUGAUACUGUUGCAGAGUUUUUGGGGAAAAAUGAUUUAGACCUCAUUUGCCGAGGCCAUCAGGUGGUAGAAGAUGGAUAUGAAUUCUUUGCAAAGCGAAGGCUUGUAACAAUAUUUUCAGCUCCAAAUUACGGUGGAGAGUUUGACAAUGUAGGUGCUCUAUUAAGUGUUGAUGAGCAACUAGUAUGUUCUUUUGAAAUAUUAAAGCCAGCAACAACCCCGAAGUUGCCCCUUAAGAAGCCCCCAAAGAUUGGAGGAUCCUGAAAUUUUAGACGGGGUGGGUGUAUAUGGAGAAAUAGCAGAGUAAAUAGGGAUUACACCAGCACCAUUCUUGAUUUUAUGUGUUGGUUUGCAAGCUUUCUGCAGAGGAAGCUGUUCUUCGUAGGCAUGGUGGAUUCGAACCCUUGUUUGUUAUUGAAACUUGUUGAUAGCUUACCACUUGGAGACCAUAUUAUGUUAAGGAAACUAUCUGUAUAUUGGCAGCAUGAGAUAUCUUCUGAUAAUUUAAAAUUUACCUGGUUGGCUUCACUUGACACCCUUCAUUUGUUCCCUGUUUUUUGUAAUUAGCAUUGAAAUCUUAAAUUUCUGAUAUGAAUAUUUCUUUAGUCUAUUUUGUAAUUUGUAGUUAUGAUAAUGCAUUCCUUAAAUUUGCUGUGUUCAAA